AGGCAAUAACUUCAAGACUGACUCUCAUUCUCGGCCGAUCUACCUGCUAGCAUAGUUGUUCAGUUUUUAUUAACUUUUCCAUAAUAUACCAUAUAGAGUAGUUACUCAGAUUCAUUCUGUUUAGUAUUUCCCUUUAUAAUAAAUUGCGUUCAUUCUGUUAAUUUACUUCGGCUUCGCAUUUCUCUAUUUCAAAUAUCCAAUCGCUUUUCUAUCAUCAUCACCAGACGUCGAGAAAUCAAAUUGUGAUGGAAGUGUAAGGCUGCUCAUGUACUAGAAUGAAAAUUGGAUAAAUGCUAAUAUCAUUAUAAUUUUACAAUUGUUACAUGCUCGUAAUCAGCGACUCCAAAAACCAUACUUAUCAAAUUUCGAUAUAGUGAGCGAAACUGAUUGUGAGCAUAAUACGUCAUUGAUGCGUUCUUCGCCUACGGACGAAAAACAUUUAUCAUUGCAGUGGGGUCGCUAGAUUACAAAGGUGACCUUGGACUGUAUAUCUUCUGAAAUGGACGCGCGACAGUUUGAGGAAUUUGGAAAAGCAGCCAUCGAUUUUAUUUCCAAUUACACGGAAAAUCUGCGGGAGCGCGACGUCCUGCCGAGUGUCGAACCAGGAUAUUUGAGUAAGCUCAUGCCUAAUGAAGCACCGAGACAGGCAGAAUCCUGGCAGGAUGUGCUGAAGGACGUCGAACGUCUUAUACUUCCCGGAAUGACGCACUGGAACUCGCCGCAAUUCCAUGCUUACUAUCCUGCUGGGAAUUCGUAUCCUGGUAUAGUGGGAGAAAUGUUGAGUGCUGGAUUUGGAUGCAUUGGAUUUUCGUGGAUGUCAUCGCCCGCUUGUACGGAAUUGGAAAUUAUCACUAUGAACUGGUUAGGGAAAAUGCUAGGGCUGCCGAAAGAAUUUCUUAAUUGCAGUGACGGACCUGGCGGUGGCGUUAUACAGGGUUCUGCAAGCGAAGCGACUCUAGUGGGUUUGUUGGCUGCAAAGGAAAAGACAACACGUCGUAUAAAGAGUUUGCAUCCAGAUUUGGACGAAGGAAUCAUAAAGGCCAAACUGGUGGCUUAUACAUCAGACCAAGCGAAUUCUUCGGUGGAAAGGGCUGGUUUACUUGGGUCCGUACCCAUGAGAUUAUUACCAACCGACGAUAAGUGUCGUUUACGAGGAUAUACGCUUUUGGAAGCUAUGAAGAAGGACGAGGAAGCUGGACUUAUACCCUGCUACGUGGUCGCUAAUUUAGGUACUACUGGCACCUGCGCUUUUGACGUGUUGGAUGAACUCGGACCAAUCUGCAAUGAGAAUAAUCUGUGGCUGCACGUGGAUGCUGCUUACGCAGGAUCUGCCUUUGUUUGCCCCGAAUAUCGUUAUCUUAUGUCUGGUAUUAAUUAUGUCGAUUCUUUUAACUUCAAUCCGCAUAAGUGGCUACUUGUCAAUUUUGACUGUUCCGCCAUGUGGGUGAAGAAUGCAGGGUAUUUGAUCGAUGCAUUUAAUGUAGACAGGAUAUACUUGGCACACGAUAAGCAGGGACAAGCUCUCGAUUACAGACACUGGCAAAUUCCAUUGGGACGUCGAUUCCGCGCUUUAAAAUUAUGGUUUGUCUUACGACUCUACGGUAUCGAAGGAUUGCAGAACCACAUUCGCAGAAUGGUUAAAUUGGCGCAUCAGUUUGAAAAUUUCGUAAAUUCGGAUGACAGAUUUGAAAUAGUAACAGAAGUUUCACUGGGUCUCGUGUGCUUCAGAAUGAAAGGCGAUAACAGUCUCACCAGAGAACUAUUGGAUCGUUUAAUGAAGAGGAAACGUAUUUACACAAUAGCAGCGAAUUACAAGGACCAGCUGAUAGUGAGAUUCGUAGUUUGCAGCAGAAUGUGCGAAGAGAAGGACAUAGAGUUUGCCUGGAAUGAAAUAAGCAGUCAAGCAACGGAAAUAUUAAUAGUUUCCAGAAAUCAAACAGCUAGGAUGUUUGAGAACGGAGAAUUACCUUACGAAAAUUUGAAUGGAAAGAUGGAGGAGCGACAACGAUGAGAACACUUUCGUUCAAUAACCGGGGUACUCGGGUACCCACAAUGCAAACCUGAUGCUUCUGGUUAGCCUAUGACCAUUUACCUGCUUCCUUCCACCUUGUACUCGGUAGGUUUGACAAAUUUUGUCCCGAAAGAACAGGGAUUGUUUAUUGUUGAAAUAUUUUUAAGACAUUUUUAAGAAAGUGCCAA